UCAAGUGUAAUGAGAAAGGGCACUAUGCCAAUGAAUGUGGGAAAGAGAUUACUUGCUGGAAGUGCCAGAAGACGGGGCACAUCUCGACAAACUGUCCUGAUGCGCCAAAAGCUGAACCUGUGUUGAAUACGGCAAGGGGGAGACGUCCAGUUGCUAAGGGACGUGUCUUUGCUGUUACUGGCAAGCAAGCUGAGGGUGUUGAAGAUCUUAUUCAGGAUGGUGAUCCGGAAGGAGCUAGUGGAUCAGGACUGGGAGAUUUAUCUCCAUAGUUUUGAUGAGGACACGGCCUGGGGUGUCGACUACCGCCAGGAGAAGAACGUGUACGUCGGCGGCGCGACCAUCUUCAAAAGAGACCAAGCUGGGCAGAUUGUUGAGACUCAGCCUAUCAGAGGGAAGAUUCGGUUUCCUCACGCACCCUUCCGUUUUGGACUCCCCUUAGGGAUGGAUUUUCUCAGCGGUUCGGAGUCGGACCCUAGUGAGGGGCCAGGCUACGAGUCAGGCGAGGGGAGCGAGCCUUCAGUGACUUUCGAGUACCGGAAUCCGACAGAGGGACUUUUGGUGCCGAAGGAGGAGCCGGUGAGCCCCAUUGCACCACCCGAGCAAGAGCUGAAUCAGGGACUCAUGGAUCCCGUACCAUUAGGGUUUGGAUGGAGCUUGGAGGCAUUGAGGCAGUGGAACCUGGACAUGAAAGUUGAGCUUCCGAAGCCAGGAGAGGAGACGCCGGAGCCUUCCAACAUGUGGGCCAGAGAAGAUGCAGACUGCAACGAGUGGCCUUGAUUGGGUUGAGAGCGCUGUUUUAUUUUUGGAGCUUUUAUUUUACUUUGAAGUACUUGUAGUUGAUUUUCAAAUGUAAACAAUUUUGUCAGAUUACUAGGGUGGUUUUGUUUACACACAUGGGUGUGGCCACCGUACAUUAUUUCAGUUAUUGGAUUUAUAUCAAUCGUUCGUUUUCCUUA